CGUCCUCCUCCUCCUCCUCCUCCUCCUCCCGCCUGCACCUCGGAGCCAAAGGGAGAAAACUCUUAACACCCCACUCGGGACUUUUGGGGGCUCCUGCACUGUCCAUGGGAACAGCAUGCAUUGUGGGUUGCUGGAGGAACCUGACAUGGAUUCCACAGAGAGUUGGAUUGAAAGAUGUCUCAGUGAGAGUGAAAACAAACGCUAUUCCAGUCACACGUCUCUGGGGAAUGUUUCUAAUGAUGAAAAUGAGGAGAAAGAGAAUAACAGGGCAUCCAAACCACAUUCUACUCCAGCUACACUGCAAUGGUUGGAAGAGAACUAUGAGAUUGCAGAAGGAGUCUGCAUCCCUCGAAGUGCCCUCUACAUGCAUUACUUGGACUUCUGCGAGAAAAAUGACACACAGCCUGUUAAUGCUGCCAGUUUCGGAAAGAUAAUAAGGCAACAGUUUCCACAGUUAACAACAAGAAGACUUGGAACGAGAGGCCAGUCAAAGUACCAUUACUAUGGCAUUGCAGUAAAAGAGAGUUCGCAGUAUUAUGACGUGAUGUAUUCUAAGAAAGGAGCAGCUUGGGUCAAUGAAACAGGAAAAAAAGAAGUAACCAAACAGACAGUGGCGUAUUCACCACGAUCCAAACUUGGGACAUUGCUGCCAGAGUUUCCAAAUGUCAAAGAUCUAAAUCUGCCAGCCAGCCUGCCAGAGGAGAAGGUAUCUACUUUUAUCAUGAUGUACAGAACGCACUGUCAGAGGAUACUUGACACUGUGAUAAGAGCCAACUUUGAUGAGGUUCAAAGUUUUCUUCUGCACUUCUGGCAAGGGAUGCCACCUCACAUGCUUCCAGUGCUGGGUUCUUCCACUGUAGUAAAUAUAGUUGGAGUUUGUGACUCAAUAUUAUAUAAAGCUAUUUCUGGAGUCUUGAUGCCUACAGUGUUGCAAGCAUUACCUGAUAGCUUGACUCAGGUGAUUCGCAAGUUUGCCAAACAGCUGGAUGAGUGGCUAAAAGUAGCUCUGCAUGACUUGCCAGAAAACCUACGCAAUAUAAAGUUUGAGCUAUCUAGGAGGUUUUCUCAGAUUCUCCGGAGGCAAACAUCAUUAAACCAUCUUUGUCAGGCAUCAAGAACUGUGAUCCACAGUACAGACAUUACGUUCCAAAUGCUAGAAGACUGGAGGAAUGUGGACCUCAACAGCAUUACCAAACAAACGUUAUACACCAUGGAAGAUUCGCGGGAGGAACACAGGAAACUUAUAAUACAAUUAUAUCAGGAGUUCGAUCAUCUUUUAGAAGAGCAAUCCCCCAUCGAGUCAUAUGUAGAAUGGCUGGAUUCCAUGGUGGACAGAUGCGUUGUGAAGGUAGCUGCUAAGAGACAAGGCUCUUUGAAAAAAGUGGCUCAGCAGUUCCUCUUGAUGUGGUCCUGUUUUGGCACAAGAGUUAUUCGAGAUAUGACUUUGCACAGUGCCCCCAGCUUUGGAUCUUUUCAUCUAAUUCAUUUGAUGUUUGAUGACUACGUAUUGUACUUAUUAGAGUCACUCCAUUGUCAAGAAAGAGCCAAUGAGCUGAUGAGAGCUAUGAAAGGAGAGGAGGGGACAGAAGUAAGAGCAGAGAUAACACUGGCAGAACCUGUUGCUCCAAGUCCCUUCCCAGUGCCUUUCUCUCCAGCUAAAUCUGUUACCUCAACGGAUGUACCAUCUGCACCCUCACCUGUAAACAGCCAGUCCCCAGAGUGCGUUGGCAUAGCAACGACAACAGGGGCCAUGCAGUCUUAUACAUGGUCUCUCACAUACACUGUAACAACAGCUGCUGGGUCACCUGCUGAAAACUCUCAACAACUGCCUUGUAUGAGAAAUCCACAUGUACCUCCUUCAUCUGUCACACAUAGAAUACCUGUUUAUUCCCACAGAGAAGAACAUGGGUACACAGGGAGCUAUAACUAUGGUAGCUAUGGGAAUCAGCAUCCUCACCCAAUCCAGAGCCAGUAUCCAUCUUUACCACAUGACAGCACUAUUUCCGCACCACUUCAUUAUUCUGCUUAUCACAGAAGCUCUUCACAGUAUCCUUUCAACAGCCCAUCCUCACGAAUGGAGCCCUGCUUGAUGAGCAGUACCCCAAGACUGCAUCCAACCCCAGUAACUCCUCGCUGGUCAGAGGUACCGUCAGCAAAUGCUUGCUACACAACUCCAUCCAUGCACUCCACAAGAUAUGGGAAUUCCAGUGAUGUGUAUGCACCAUUGACCACACGGAGAAAUUCUGAAUAUGAGCACAUGCAACACUUUCCAGGCUUUGCCUAUAUCAAUGGGGAAGCCACCACAGGUUGGGCAAAAUGAAAAUGACUGGUAAUCGUUUCAACUAUAUAUAUUUAAUAAAAACAGGAAAAAAGUUCAUGCCCAAGUUAAUGGAGGUCUUAAAUGGGCAUUUUUAAUGGUCAUGAAGAUGGAGAAGAUCCUGGACCCAUGAUUAUAAUCAGGGCACAUAGUAGCAUAUAGACCAGUGUUAUGGUUUCAACAACCAAACAAGUUUUUACUGCUGCUUUGAAGCAUUACAUAGGCCAAGGUGUGCCUUUUAUUGUUGUGCUUUCUCCAAAUGUCAUGAAAUCAGCUUGUGUUAGUUACCAUCUAACCAGUCACUGAAUGGUUGCAUGUCUGCAUGGAUUUGCUCAUUCUUAAAUAAUGGCAGUUGCAAUGUAGAAUGUAGUGAUUUGCCUGCACUGCAGGGAUUGAAGUUCCAUGGGGAAAUCAUGGAGUUAUAAGGAGUGAGAGAAUUAUUUAGUUUAUCUCUUUAUCAUCAAGAACAAUACCCCACUCAUUAACCCACAUCCACACUAAGCUAAUAUAACAACUUCUCUCAUUUUGAGUCCCGAAUUAUAGCCAGAAUUGCAUGAAGUCUAAUUUUACACAAGUACCUAACUGAAAAGGUUGAAAAAGAGAGAGAUCCUCAUAUUUAUACCUUUGCCUUAUAUUUUAAAAAGAGGUUUCUAACCUCUGAGGACAUGAAGAUGUUCCCAGCCAGGAAUCGAGAGUUCUGUGUGUUGCAGUGUGUUUUCUCAUUGCCUCUAAUGGCUAGCAUAGAGCAGUUCCAUAGAAGGCUUAUAUCACCCCAUAUUCCUUCUUCAUUGCCAUCAACUGACAUUGACAUGGACUUCAGAUCACAGCAUUCUCCACUCAUAGCCCUUCAUAUUUCUUCCAUUUGUUUUCUUCCUGUACAAAAUAUGUUAAAGAGAAAAUGAUGUAAUCACUGCAUAGUGCCUUCUUAUUGUACUGUAGUAAGAUGAGCCCUUCAUGUGGAAGCACCCCUAGUCUACCAGGUAGGAACAUUAUCUAGGGGUUCGCCAGUCAUGCUCUCAUUGUAUUUCUUCACUAAAGAGUACAUUUGAUGUGAUCACAACAAGCCCCUGUGUUAUAAGUUGGCCAUUGCUAAUUACCUCUAAAAAUUCCUCUUAAAAAUUGCAUCAUGGGGCAGGGGGAAGGAAAGAGAACUAAGGAAAUUCUUAAAAACACACACACACA